CGUGCGACCAUGAACCGACGUCUCAUCGGCCUCCGCGGGCUCGCCCAGACGACCAACAACCACCUCAAGCGGCUCGUCGCCGACGCCAACCUGCACCCUGGAGACGCAACGCGCCAGCUGCGCGUGCUCCAGGCGCUCAGCCAAGUGCACCCGAGCCUUGUCGUGCAGCGCGUCGAGGGCCAGCGCUUUGCCAUGUCCCAAGAGGCGCAGCGCUUGUACAUGCGUGCGCUUGUAUCGACGUCGCGCAUGGACUCGAUCGACAUGAACGUCUUCUUGAAUCGCAUGCAGAACGCGUCCACGACACGGGCCACGCAUGCCCAGAUGAACAACGACCUCACGCAUGGCCUCGGGCACGGUGAGGCGUACACGCGCUUCUGGGCGUUCUUUGGUACUGCGUUGUGGGGUGGCUUGGUUGUAUCCUCUGUAAAGGCCUUUGUCGAAGACCAACAGCAUGCCAAGCCACCCAUGACGCACGUCGGCCGCGCACUGCGGCUGCACCUCAACUUCAUUGACAACGACGACGACAGCGCGGGUGCUGUGGAUGCCCAGCGCUUGCCGGCGACGCGAAAGGAGAAUAUCUAUCGCGUCGACGACGACGAUGACGGGCUGACAACCCCGUACGAGAACGUGUGGGACAUCAACAUGGAGUAGAGUCGCACGAGUGUAAUGAGUGUAAGAAGUGGAUUAGCGUCAUGUAUACUG